UAAUAGAAAAUAUUAAAUAUGGCAUUCUUAAAGAAAUUCAAGAAGUUGUUCUCCAAGAAAUCAAAGACUGAAAGCGUUCCUGAUGAACAGCAGCCUAAAGAGGAGUCAAAGGACCACAAGAUUCUAGAUUUGUUCUCAGGCCUUUCUAUUUAUAAAGAAAAAGUCAUCCCUGUUGAGAAAUGUACCGAAUGUGAUAAGAUUAUUUAAAAACCCAGUUGUUGCUCAGACCUGUUUAUGUCUUAUUUGCAAGGAUUGAUUUGAACAGAAUGAAGCCUUGGUCUGACCAAAAUGCAAUAAAGGAAUAAGUGGUGUCAACACAACCCAAGAUGUCCAGCUACUGUUUGACAACAUAAACCAUCUUUUAGAGAUGAAAGAGCAUUCCACAGAUUUGCUGAGAGGAAUCAAAGAGUCAAAUACCGAGACGAAUAACUUUGCGAAUACGUUACUUGGUAUAGAAGAAGCAAAGGAUUCAACUCACUGAUAG